AUGAAACUCUUGUUGACCUUACGCGCAAAAUUAAUCACGACUACCAGAAUUGAAAAUUGGUGGAAGGAGCAAGCAGAAGAAAAAAAUUGGUUUGUAAGAUUUAGUAAUAGUGAUUUUCAUGGACAAACCGAAUGUAUUCAAGUUAGUGAUAAUGAUUUGGCACAAUUGAUUGCUCAAUCAAAAGAAAUGGCAGCUGCCAAUGAAGAAAUAUAG